AUGUCCUCCAACGACAAGUCGAACUCACUUCCACAUUGGGUUUAUCCUCCGGACCCUCAAAACCCUCGACCGAGCUCCACGGAAGCAGUGGUCCACCAUCUCUACUUUGAAGACAACGAUAGCUUCUUCCCUCCUACCUGGCUUAGAAAAGAGGAUGCCCCCCAGCGACGUUCCUCCGAAGAUAGUUCGGCCAGCCACGAAUCUCAAGACGAGCAUCAUUCUGAAAUGAAGCCAGAUCAUGCUAGAUGA